UUCCAUGCACGUGCAGAGGUUGUCGCAAAUCUCAACUCAUUCUCUCUCUCACUUUCUCUGUGAUUUGUCUGUGUGGAAAGAACCCCAAAGUUCCGCCAUGGGAGAGCCUGAUCCUCCUCCGCGCCGUGUAUCAGUUCACCAAGCUCUGGGCGGUGGCUUCGUGGCCGAUCUGCUCCUUUGGAGGAGAUGGGGAGGAGGCGUGAUAGUGCUGGCGUCUGCGACAUCGCUGUGGUUCCUGUUCGAAAGAGCUGGUUACAAUCUCCUCUCUUUCGCCUCCAACGUCCUGUUGCUUCUUGUUGUCAUCCUCUUCCUCUGGGCUAAAUCUGCUUCCCUCCUCAAUCGACCGUUACCUCCCCUCCCUGAUUUGGAGAUUUGUGAAGAGUCUGUUGGUAAAUUUGCGGAGCUAAUGCGAGAAGCGGCCAAUUAUGUGCUUUCCUUUGCACAUGACAUAACUAUUGGUCGAAACUUGAAGGUUUUCCUUGAGGUUGCUUGUGGAUUGUGGGUUUUAUCCUGCAUAGGCAGUCUGGUCAACUUUCUUACUCUGGCUUAUAUCGGGGUUCUUCUUGCGCUGUCAGUUCCCUAUAUAUAUGAGAGGUACCAAGACCACAUUAACCCCAAGCUAUGUGUCGCAAACAGGGUGAUUCAAACGCAGUGCAGGAACAUUGAUAAUGUCUUGAAGAAGAUGCCGUUGCCCUCGAAUAAGGAAAAGAAGAUUCAGUAGGCUGAAGAGGUUUAGGAGCAAACUGAAAGGCGUGGAAGAGUGUUAAUCCUUUGAUUGAUUAAGACAAAGAUGCAUGCUUUGGUGUGCAUUGGACAGCCACUGAUGCAAUUUCUAGAUGUUUUGACUGCAAGUUAGUUUCACCAAAUUGUCUUCAUUAGGACCCAGAAAGACUCCAAGGAAAAUGAUCGAGUUAUGAUGGUCCCUUCUGCCUUGGAGGUCAAUGGUGUUGCCAGUGUUUGAUCUGCAGUUUCUAACCUUAGAUUUGCUUUAUUUCAGUUGAGUGGAGGUUUCCUCGGUUUGUGGGGCAGUUGCUUGCGUGAUACAUUUGAGGUAUAUAUUUCUUGUAAGUGAUUGUCAUAGAAAGUAUUUUGGCCGUGUUUUUUAUUUUCUUUGGUAACUUACCUGGAAUCGUUCAUCUUCAGAUCUUAUAUCAUAUUCACAUCACAUUUCCCCUUCU